GCCGCCCUUCGGCUCGACAAUAUUUCGCAUAUUCUACCAGGGUCUGGUACUCUGAUAACAUUCAUUUCUCUCUUUAUUAUCCAUUUUCUGCCAUGCAACUCGAAACACGACGACCAUCAGGUUCUGACACGUACGACUUGCGCGACCGAAUCCAUGCUGGCUGACAACGAUCACAUAGAGGCGCACGCUGAGGCGGCUAAUUACAUGGAUGAAGAAGAACAGCACUCUGUGCUUGAAGACGACUCUGAUGGCGAGGAACACUACGAAGACGACGACGUGUCGUCUGAUCUGUCCAUACCCAAUGAAGCCAUCGAUUUCGAUCUCGUAUAUGCAUUCCACAGCUUCGCAGCGACGGUGGAAGGCCAGGCCAACGUCGUCAAGGGUGAUAGCCUGUUUUUGAUGGACGACAGCAACAGCUACUGGUGGCUGGUCCGUGUCUUGAAAACGCAAGAAGUGGGAUACAUUCCGGCGGAGAACAUUGAGACGCCCUUUGAGAGGCUAGCAAGGCUCAACAAGCAUCGUAAUGUUGAUCUGGCUCAAGCAACCCCAGACGAAGAACUCGGCAUGGCUCCCCAGGAUCGUAUCAAUAUUGAACCCCAGCAGGGUUCUAGCCAAUCUCAUUCACCUGUAUUCAACACCACCCGUUCUCGCUCUCGUACUCGCAGUGUCUCUUUCCGUGCCGGCUAUUAUGUUCAUCGCUACCCUCCUGCAGUCUGGCACGAAGAAGAGGAAGAGGAAGAGGAUGUCGAGUGGGACGAUACACCCUAUGAAGGAGAAGAUGCUGAUCUAGCUGAGGAGGAGCAUAGGAGAAUGAUGGGAGAGCAUGCGGCGAGAGGAAUUCGUAUGCCGAUGGAACCUGACGACGAAAUGCAAUGGGAGGAUUCUGCCGCAGAGGAGAUGAGAGCGCGACAGCUGGCGGCUCGCACAGAUGCUCAAGCAGUAAGCCCCAGCGGUGUUGUCUCGACAUCCUUGCAACCGGGAAAUCUCCAGCAACAGUCUUCUCAACUGCAGCAGCUUCAAACACAGCAAGAACAAGCCACACGGACUCUCAGGUCACCGUCAUCCCAGGAGCGUCUCGUUCAAAGUAGUCCUACCAGUUUGAAAAACCUUGAUCCGGCCGAAGUCAUCGAAACUCGAAAACUCACUGCUACACCUUCUAUUGCCCGCGAUUCCGAUGAAACUUCAAAGCCCACCGGUGGACCAAUGCUUCCUAGUGCCGUCAUGCAGCAGAGGCAACAGGAGGAGGAAAGGAAGAGACUUCGGGAAGAAGAAGAAGAGGCCGCAAGGAAGAAACAGAAAGGUAAAGAAAGGAUGGCACCGCCCAUGAGCUCUGCGACUGUCUCCCAGGGGAAACCUUCACCGAAUACCACAUCUGGCGGCGGCAAAUUGCGCAAAGAACGAACCGAGUCGGACGAUGACGGGAAGGAUAAGAAAAAGAAGGGCAGUAUGUUCAGUAUCUUUGGGAGGAAGAAGGACAAGAAUGGCGGGAGCAGGGACAAGAAUAGCCUGUCAAGCAACAAGCAACAACAGCAACAGGCGCAACAACAGGCACAGGCGCAAGCAGCCAGGGAUGCUGCUGAAACCAAGCGGCAACAACAGGAGCAACAUUCGGCGGCAACCAGUUCUCCUCCUCAAGUAUCACAGCUACGCCAACGCGAUCAGCAGCAACAGGCGUUGUAUCUGCAAUAUCUUAAUCGCUCCCCAUCUUCUCCGCCGGAAGCUCAGCCUUCUUACGGCCUCCAAUCUGCCUCUGCUGUCAUGCCACCCAGCUCGUACCACAGUCCCUCAGGGUCUGCUGGCUCUGCAUCUGGUUUAGCUCCGCCAACGACGCGUCAACGACCCGGCUCUUUGAUUCUUACGGCCUCGUCUAUGGACGGUCAAGGCGUUCCCGACCUCAGCGUCAUCCGCGUCUUCGCCGGCAAAAAUCUCCAAACCGACGCCACUUUCAAAACCGUCCUGCUUAAUUCAUCCACUACUUCAUCUGAUCUGGUCAAACAGGCUAUGCAGCGAUUCAGAUUACCUUCCGCUGAGAACGCGCAGGAUUAUUAUCUGACCGUGAAGCAAAUCGAAGGUUCGUCAGCGAAAUUGCAGGAUCAGGAGAAGCCUUUGGGUGUCUUUGAGACGCUCGUGGAGGCUGCGAUGGAGAUGCCAAAGGUCAAGAGGAGUAGUGUGGGGAGCAUCAGCUCGAUAACAAGCAAUCUUUCGAUGCACCCUGCAAUCAAGAAACUUGCAAUGAACGACUUUACGGAUGAUUCCGCCGUCAAAUUCUAUCUCAACAGGGCUGGUGGUGAGGAAGAUAGCCUCGAGAACGAGGAAACUUUGCUGGCUGCCGACUCCUCGAACGAUUCAGAAGUAUUCUCCUCGCCUAAGCAGCAAUAUCUUACCGUGUCAACUGCUGGACCCAAUGUCCCGCCGGAGAGGUUCAGCUCACCGUCGUACCGGUUCGCGUUGCAGCUUGUAAUCUACCCUGACGACUUACCGGAUGAUAUGGUGUUCGACCCUCAGACUGAGGCAAUUGUGUUCAAGGAGACAUUGAACCACCGUUCUCAGUCUGGCUCUGUGGUAUCCCCUGGUAUCACUCAACAUCUGCGUCGCAAGGUCUUCGUGUUCCCGAAGAAUGUCACUGUUGCAGAAGUCAUUGAGCUUGGCUUGGAGAGGUUUGGUAUCCUAGAGGGUGUAGUAGAUGGUGGCGAUGAGGUUGAGGAUAAGUCGACCAAGAGAAGGAGUAUUUCUCGUGUUCGCUAUGGCCUUAGUGUCGAUAUUGGCAAUCAUGAACGAGAAUUGUCGCCGUCGAGCAGAAUCAUCGACGCAUAUCCCCGGCCGCCCAAUUACCGUGCAGUGGAGCGCCGUUACCCAGAUAACAAACGUCGCUCUAUCGAUUCGGCCCAGUUGUUGGGUAGCACAGAUGACGUCGGAGAGGACGAUCCUGUGUUCAUCCUUCGCCGCGCGGUUUCCUAUCGUACUUCCUCCUCUCGUCAUCGGAUGUCCGCGCCUCUUGAUGAGAUUGCACUACGCAAUCUUCACCGCGAGUCUGCUUCCAGUGCUGGUUCUGAAGUCCCAACCACUGGCGCACCUUCGGAAGCAGUCAAACCGCUGCAACCUUCUCGUCAGGAGAUCAUCGAAGCUCAACGGCAAGCCAAACGCGCCAAUCAAAUGGCCAUCGUUUCUGCGCAGACCAAUUCCGUUAGGGGAUUGGAUCUUCUCUUGCCAGGAAACGCUGUCCUUCGUAGCUCUCGAUAUGAUUCCAAUGACAGGAUGCGCUAUUCGUAUGUAGAGCCAGAUGGUGAAACGUACGACAUCAGCGAUCUCGUAGAGGAGGAAUUAAAGGGGAACGACCGAGCUCACCAGAACGAUUUGUUGGAAGGUGUUCUGGACAACAGAGGCAACAAACUGGAUCGUGUGUUGAACAAGAUCAAGUCCGGAAAGUCUGGGCAUCGACGCCAGCUUAGCAGCAGCAAUAGCAGGACGCCAUCUUUGCGAUCGACAUCGCCUUCCUCACAAUAUUCGUUGGACGAUAACACUAUUGAAGGCAUUGCAACUCAUUCGCGCUCAACGACGCCUGCUUCAGCGGGUCUAGUCUCGAGAACGCCGAUUCCUGCUGUCAAUCCAUACGGACGUACGUCUCCUGAAGUACGUAGCAGGCCGGGGACAACGACACCCACUGCGAAGCCUACCUCUGCUCCAAAUCGCCGGCAACCAUCUAUUGGUUCUGUAAUGUCGGACCUCUCAGGCUACGUUACCGCACCUACUCCGCCUGCAAUAUACUCUAGAUCACCCACUGAUAGCGCCCAUUCUGGUGGGACGGUACAGAAACCUCGUCCAAUUCGUCGACCGUUCCUCCCAAAGGAUGACUUUGGGGUGUCCAAUAUGCUGGCGGUAAUAGAGUACAGAGCUUCCAAGUCGGCUGCUCCUCCCCUUCCGGCGUUGGAUCCUGUCGACGAGAUGCUUUUCGGGCGGCCCGUCGAUGCUACUAGUUUACACCCAAAAAUUCGGGAAAUAUAUGCGAGUUCUUUCAAACAACUUGCGGAAAUGGAUAAGAUUCUUGACGAUCUUAUGUCCCGGCAUCAUUGAUCUUUUGCUUUCGGUUGUUAUCUGUAUAGAAGAUACCCCUUACGUGUAGGCUAUCUUGUGGAGUGUAAUACCUAUUAUUCUUGGCUCUGGACUACUCAAGGUUUCUAUAUGAGUCGUGAUGCACUCA